UGGGCGGUGAAGCGUGGGAACAUUGCGGGUGGGACCCGGUUGACCCCCUUCCUCCCCGUCGUCUCUAAGCCUCCUGGCACUGAGACCUGUCCCUGAGGCCAGAGGCGGCUUGCGGUUUCCAGCAGCUUCCUGAGCCUCGAGGACUGUGUAUUGCAGCUUCCUGACCGUUUGCAGACAUUAGCAUCCGGUUUUCAAUCCCCGUGACUAACUUAGGCUCCUACCGGCACCUUUGCCAUCACCCCUUCUCCAGGCCUUUUGAUGUCCACUUUUUCUCUCUUUUUUUGAGACAGGCUGUCGCUGUGUAGUUCAGGCUAGUCCUGAACUCACUAUGUAGCUCAGGCAGGCCUCAAACUCUUGACGAUUGUGCUGCCUCAGCCUCCCAAGUGUUGGGAUUACAGUUGUAUGUAAUCCGGCCUUGUUUUCCACAUCUUGAGUUCCUGAGACACUACCCGGACUGCCAGAGCCAUUUUUGGUUAUAUCCUGACACCUGUGACUCCAAGGUCACUACUGGGCUCUCCUGGACAUUUCAGAGUUAAGCGAGUGAACUUUGAUAGUGUAGGACCCAGUCCUGUAGGAAGAAGGGAGCUUUCAGGCUGCUGUCUGGUUCCAGGAACUGACAUCCUGCCACCCUAGGCCCCCAGAGAUACUCUGUAGAAUAUCUUGGGUAUGGUCCCAUGAGGGAGGGCACCUUAAGGUAUCUAGAGACCUGUCUACCAAAGAGACUUUAACCAUGUUAUCACCUGUCCUCACAGAUAGCAGAAUGGUACCAAGUUUACUGAAGCCAUUAAGCUUAGAGAAAGUGACAGGAAGUGUGAACUCCUAAAGUGAUCAGAGGGUUGUCACAUGGAAGACUUAAUCCUUGUUUUAUGUUUUCCUGUAGUGAAAUCAAGCCCAGUGAGGGAAGAUUCCUAGGAAGCCAAUUGAAUCAGCUUAAUACUGAAACUAGCCUGUCUGUGGAAGGGGUGUGCCAGUGACUGACAAGGUGGUUUUGGUAGAGAAUGAGAGACAAGGAUUAAGAAAAUGAGACCAGGGUCCCUUCUGACUGAAACUCCACAGUAUACUGAACUGUCUCUCUUGGAGAAGUUUGAAAGCCACUUACUGAAAGUGUUCUUUUUGCUCUUUAAAAAACUUGCCCAGUGUGAAAUUUGGCAUGUUCAGGUUUCUUUUUGACUGUCAAGGUGACAGUUCCUUAAUUAGGAUCCAUUAUUACCAUGGCAGCCACUUUAUGUGUAGUGAUCCUGGUGCCUUUUUCACUAGUGACAUAAUUUUAUCGUCUGUGGUGCCUGUGAUCAGUUUUGAAGAAACUAAGGCCCUUGCUCAGAGGUCUUUGCUACCCUUCUUUUUAAAAUCCAGAAACAUAAUUUUUGCAGUACAGAAAGCCUUUUUGAAAUGUACCAUUUGUUCAACCCUGCCUGGGUCACAUGCUCUCUCAUGGGUUUCUGAAAAUAAUCAUUCCUUGUGUUUAUUUCACAACCAAGGCACUGAUGUUUGAAUUAGAAACUUCAGAACUUUUGAAAGAACCCUCAGGAUGGCUUUGAACUUAACAUGUUAGAAAUCUGUCCAAACGCAUCUUCCAGCCAGCAUGUGGGAAUUGCCUGGAGAUGAGCUUGAAGAGGUCGUUCUUCAGACAGCCAUGCUGGUGCUCAUGGAACCUGCCUGAUGGAUUUGGCUUUUCCAGUCGUGUCUUGCUGUCUUAUGUCCCCUGCCACAGUUCUAGGGGCUGUAGAGAUAUUCGUGGAACCGAGAGGUCUGUGAGGAAGGAAGUAGCACUUUCGUUGGCUGCGAGCUAAGCAAGUGGCAGUUGUGACAAAGACUCAUCGUCUUCCCAUACCUGGAUUCACUGCACUGGGGCCACUGUUGAAAACAAGAAGUGAUACUGGGAGAAGGAACCCAGAUGAAGAGGAUGAGGUCUGCUGGAGAGUAAAUGGCCACCUCCACCUCCCCAGAGACAAAAUCGGCCUCCUGGUGGAAUUAUUUUUUUCUUUAUGAUGGUUCCAAGGUGAAGGAAGAAGGAGAUCCAACCAGAGCUGGCAUUUGUUAUUUUUAUCCUUCCCAGACCGUCCUCGACCAGCAGGAGCUGCUCUGUGGGCAGAUUGCUGGAGUUGUGCGCUGUGUCUCCGACAUUUCUGGCUCUCCUCCCACGCUCAUUCGCAUGCGGAAACUGAAAUUUGCCGUAAAGGUUGAAGAAGAUUACCUCUGGGUGCUGGGCUGUGCUGUGGAGCUCCCUGAUAGCAGCUGCAAGCGGUUCCUAGAUCAGCUCAUUGGAUUCUUUAAUUUCUACAAUGGUCCCGUUUCUCUGGCUUACAAGAACCAUUCUCAGGCGGAACUGAGUUUGCAAUGGGAUGCUUUCAUUGAGCAAGUGCUGAAAAACACCAGUGAUCUACAUAAGAUAUUCAAUUCUCUCUGGAACUUGGAUCGAACCAAAGUAGAGCCCCUGCUACUGCUGAAGGCAGCCCUCAUCCUGCAGACCUGCCAGCGCUCACCUCACAUUCUAGCUGGCUGCAUCCUCUAUAAAGGACUGAUUGUCAGCACCCAGCUCGUGCCCUCCCUCACUGCCAAGAUCCUGCUUCACAGACCCGCACCUCUGGACCAGAGUCCACUUGCAGCAGAGGACACAACGCAGGACCUGGCCCAGGGAGAGCCCUGCCCAUGUUGCUUUGCAAUUGCAGGAGCAGUGUUCCCCCCGAAUGUCCAGAUCACCCCUGUCUUCCUGACUGAAGAGGAAGUUGCCAGUCUCCAUGAGUUUCCGGUGGAGCAGAUACCUAGGCCAGCCAGACAGUGGGACAGUACGGCCCACCAUCUUGCAAAGGAUUGGACCACAUCUCUUAAAAAAGAUGCUACCAGGCAAGUGGCAUCUGUGCCUUGGAUGGCAACUACCACCCUGGAGCCCAUGUCCCCUAACAGAGUGUGGCCAAAGGGUAAGAAAGAGAAUGGACAUUUGCCUGGCCAUGAGAUGGAAGGCUGGGGCCCCGAAGAACUGAACACUACUGCUGGCGGCCAGGUUCCUGGCCUCAGCUGCUCCCUGCACAAGGAAGCAGCCUUUCUCCAAAAGGAGAUCGACUUAUCUAAAAUCCACAUUCCAGAAGCUCAGGAAGUUGGAGCAUUCUCAGGUCAUUGUGCCUUCCCACAAGCGUGUGCUCCAGGUGGCAGAGGUCUUCACCAUGAGGACUCUGUCACUGAUGUCAGCAACCUGGAACCCAUGCCAUCUGAGGACAUGGCCACUGGCAGCCACCUGUCUUCCUCCUCACCUGAUGUGCUCACUCAGAAUGGAGCCCAAGAGCAGCAUGAAGACCUUCAUGACACCAGCAGCCACACCCUUGAUCCUGGAACAGACCCCCUCCCCAGACAGACCAGCCGGCCAUUGUCACCUCACCGGGAUCCAGAGCCAGAGCAGAGAGGUAGUGAGCUUCCUGAGGGGGACCAUGGUGUAGAUAAACAAGCUGAUGGAGUCUGUGAGAGCCUUGCAACUACUGGUCUACAGUGCAUUUCCGAUUCAGCAGACUCCCAAGGUGAUGGCCCCUUGGCAGACAGAGCUGACUGCAAGUUGGCCCCAGUUGGAGUCCCCAUGAGACUCGUGCAGAUGAACCUCUAUACUCACAGUGUUAAGGGGUUAGUGCUGUCCCUUCUGGCCGAGGCACCGCUGCUGAAAGACCAUGCAGCCAUCGAAGAGGUGGUGGCUCUGCGAUGGUUUCGAGGCCAGUCCUGCUGCCUGUGGCCCUCUCCCUGCCCUCUGCAGUACCACAGCAGCCUGGCAUCCCUCAACGGGCUGGAAGUGCACCUGAAGGAGACGCUGCCUAGAGACCAAGCCGGCCCCACGGGGGGCACCUACAGCUUCGUGCACCACGACCACAUCCAGAACGUGCUCACGGCCAACCUUCCCCUGGUGGCCUCAGCCCAGAACCGCCACUUCCUCCAGGCCGUCAGCCUCAUGCACUCCGACUUCGCCCAGCGGCCCACACUGUAUGAGAUGACCGUCAGGAACGCCUCCACGGCUGUGUACGCCUGCUGCACCCCUGCCCAGGAGACCUACUUCCAGCCGCUGGUGUCCACUGCCCGGGGCUCUGGCUUCCCAAGCCCACAGGAUGGGGCCUUCAGCCUUGCGGGCAAAGCCAAGCAGAAGCUGCUGAAGCAUGGGGUGAACUUGCUGUGAGCCAGGCCACAGCCCCAGCUCACUGUCUGGCAACAAAGAUUAAGCAGCCAGGGAGACUCAAGGUUUUGUAAUGGGAAAGGCCCCUCUAUUUUAUUUUCCUUGGAAUAGUACCUUUUAAGGAACAUAGAGUUUGAGUUCUCGUGACUCUUGUUGCAGGUUGGCAUGUGUGUGUGGCACACCCAGUGCACACAUGUAUGCACACCCAGUGCACUUGGUAAAGAACUUGAUCACACCAGCAGUAUUGGGCCAAGACGCCAGUUUGUCUCUUCACACUAGAGAGGUUCAGGGUCAGUUUCCCUGUCAUGUGGAGCCAGUGGUAUUUGAUUAUUUCCUGUUGCUAUCGAUUCUGGGCUCAGUGGCUGCCAAAGCAUUCUGGGAUGGCACUUGACUGCCCCCAUCCUAGAGUCUUUAGCCCUGUAACCAGAUGGAUGUGGUGGAGCCCAGCUGCACAGUGAGGGGGUGGUCAGUUACCAGGCUGUCCCCAUGCUACUGCUCAGCGUCCUCCCACAAGGUCUUCUGGGAGGUCUGUGAUAAUGGACCUCGUAUGGUCCUUGGAGUACAGCAGUGCGGCAAGUCCUGCUGACGCAGACAGAACUGGGGCCCUGAGGGCAGAGAUGAGGAUUGAGGGGCUGGGGAUUUAGCUCAGUGGCAUAAGUGCCUGCCUUGCAAGCAGGCAGUCGUGAGUUCCGAUCCCUGGUACCAAUAAAAAGGAAAAAAGACCAAAAAAAAAAAAAAAAACCCAGAGAUGGGGAUUGGUCUCUGCUGCCUUUGCGGGGGAGGGGUUGUGCAUCUGCCUCCUGUCCAGUGGGCAUCCCAGAUGGGAGUGUCCAAGACAGUGGGGGCAAAGGACCGCACCCUACUCUGGUGGCUGUGACGAAGGGAACAGCGUGCCAUCCUGGGUUUCUGAACCCACAAGGUGCCUUACACAUGGGUCUUGCUACUGUAAUCAAUCUUUGUGAUAAUACAGUGCAGACUGCAGGUUGAAUCUCAACUGAAUGUUUACUGUCAGUGCCCGAAGUGCUGUUUGAAAAUGAUGAUGUUAAUGAUUUCAUGUCAGUGGACAAUAAUGUUUAUGAUGUGAUGUCUUGAGACAGGUUUCCAAGGGCUAAUAAUAAAAUGACCAAACCCAUGAAUAAUUGUAACCUUUCCAGUGACAAAGUGAAGGUGUUCAUUAAUGUGUAUGUGUGUGUGUGUGUACAUGUGUGUGUAUAUACACACACACACACACAGCUUAGUAUUAGUGGACUGGCUCCCAGAUACCCCAAGGACACCAAAAUCUGAGGAUACUGAUGUUCUGUGCACCAAAUUACAUAGUAUUUGCAAAAACCA